UCUGCGCCCAGGGAGCGCUCAGUAGAUAGAAUGGAGCGAACGAAUCCGUCGGCUCCGAAGAGGGAGGGCGUUCCAGGCCAGAGGCAGGAUGUGGUCCGGGGGGCCGGCGGCGAGAUUCAUUCACUCCCUCGCUCGUUGGGACGUCGUCACUGAGGGCUUAGCGUGCGCCGAGCCCUGUACUAAGCACCCGGGCGAGGACAGCGGGACGGUAGACGCGGCCCACAAGGAGCCCACGGUCUGGAGGGGUCGAUCGGCGGGCGUCUGGGUGCGGGUACGCGGGGAGCCUUCUGGAAGGACAGUGCUGUGCACGGAGUGGAAAAUCCGGAGGAGGAUCCCGGAGCGUCAUCAUGUCCCGGAGGAGAGCCGACAGCAGGAGCCUCUUGCCGCCCACGGCCGCCCAGACGCCCAUCAGGGUGGACAACUUCCACAACUUCUACACGCUGACGUCCAGAGAGCUGGGCCGGGGCAAAUUCGCGGUGGUCCGCCAGUGCGUCUCCAAGUCCACGUCCCGGGAGUACGCCGCCAAAUUCCUCAAGAAGCGCAGGCGAGGCCGGGACUGCCGGGCCGAGAUCGUCCACGAGAUCGCCGUGCUGGACCUGACCAGGGCCAGCCCCCGCGUCGUCACCCUCCACGAAGCCUACGAGACGGACCGCGAGAUCAUCCUGGUGCUGGAGUACGCCGCCGGCGGGGAGAUCUUCAACCUGUGCCUCCCGGAGGUGGCGGUCCCGGAGCACGACGUGGUCAGGCUGGUUCGGCAGAUCCUCGAGGGCCUCUGCCACCUGCACCAGAACGGGAUUGUGCACCUGGAUUUGAAGCUCCGGAAGUCUUGAACUACGAUCCCAUUACCACGGCCACGGACAUGUGGAAUAUCGGCAUCAUUGCCUAUAUGCUGUUGGCGCAUUCGUCUCCCUUUGCCGGGGAGGAUAAUCAGGAGACGUACCUCAAUAUUUCCCAAGUGAACGUGGAUUAUUCGGAGCCGGCUUUCUCCUCCGUCUCCCACCUGGCUAGAGACUUCAUCCGGACCCUCUUGGUCAAAAACCCGGAGGAAAGGCCGACGGCAAGCUCUUGCCUUUCGCACCCGUGGCUCCAGCAGCGCGCCUCCGCUCCCUCGCCGCAUCCCGCGGACGCCUCCUCGUCGUCGCCCUCCUCGUCGUCCUCCACCCCGCAGGCUCAGGACCUCCCGGCCAAGUGCCCCGAGGACAGACCCGUCAAGCCCCCCUCUGCCAGCCCCUGCGGACCCCGGGAGGACAAGGAGAACAUUCCGGAAGGGAGGAGCACGAAGGUGCCAAAACGCUUCCGCUUCGACGCCGCGUUGCGCCCGCCCCCGGAACUGGUGCCCGACCUGGUCUUUUAGGCUCCGCUCCGCCAAGACGCACGACGCACCUUGAGCCGGCGGCGGGGAGAACAUCGAGGGGACGGGUCUCCGUCGCCGGCCCCCUCCGUCCCCGUCCCGCUGGGGGGGGCCUCCCCCGGCCGGGAUCCCCGCGGCCUUCCCGAAGGCAAGGGGCUCUCGCCUCACGUCCCGGACCCCGCGGGAAUCUCGGGGUGGGCGGUCGGAGAGAACCCGAGCGACGGAUAAAGCCCGACGGCGCUUGGCAUCGG